ACCAGACAAUGAUGCAAUCACAGAAUCCAAAUCGAGUGCAGGUCGCUUUAAGAAAGGAGCAACUGUAAUCUGAAGCCUGCUGGACGCUGGAUUAGGAGGCAGCAAAAAAAGCUCUUGUGCUUGCUGGAGCCCCCUCAGUGUGCAGGCUUAGAGGGACCUAGGCUGGGAGUGGAGCUGCAACCCACAGGCCCCAGGAUGCAGGCCCUCGUGCUACUCCUCUGGACUGCAGCCUUCCUCGGGCACAGCAGCUGCCAGAACAUUGCCAGCAGCCUGGAGGAGGGCUCCCCAGCCCCAGAUAGCACAGGGGUGCCGGUGGAGGAGGAGGACCCCUUCUUCAAAGUCCCUGUGAACAAGCUGGCAGCUGCUGUCUCCAACUUCGGCUACGACCUGUACCGCGUACGCUCCAGCAUGAGCCCCACGACCAAUGUGCUCCUGUCUCCACUUAGUGUGGCCACAGCACUCUCUGCCCUCUCACUGGGAGCGGAACAGCGAACGGAGUCCAUCAUUCACCGGGCUCUCUACUACGACCUGAUCAACAACCCAGACAUCCAUGGCACCUACAAGGAACUCCUUGCCACCGUCACUGCCUCUCAGAAGAACCUCAAGAGUGCAUCUCGCAUCAUUUUUGAGAAAAGGCUGCGGAUAAAGUCCAGCUUUGUGGCACCACUGGAAAAGUCAUAUGGGAGCAGGCCCAGAAUCCUGACUGGCAACCCUCGACUGGACCUUCAGGAGAUGAACAGCUGGGUGCAGGCCCAGACAAAAGGGAAAAUCGCUAGGUCCACGAAGGAAGUGCCCAGUGAAAUCAGCAUUCUCCUUCUCGGUGUGGCUUACUUCAAGGGGCAGUGGGUCACAAAGUUUGACUCCAGAAAGACCUCCCUUGAGGAUUUCCACUUGGAUGAAGAAAGGACUGUGAGAGUCCCCAUGAUGUCAGACCCUAAAGCUAUUUUACGCUAUGGCUUGGAUUCUGAUCUCAACUGCAAGAUUGCCCAGCUGCCCUUGACUGGAAGCAUGAGUAUCAUCUUCUUUCUGCCCCUGAGAGUGACCCAGAACUUGACCCUGAUAGAAGAGAGUCUCACCUCUGAGUUUAUUCAUGACAUAGACCAAGAACUGAAGACUGUCCAAGCGGUCCUGACCAUACCCAAGCUGAAACUUAGUUAUGAAGGCGAAGUUACCAAGUCCCUGCAGGAGAUGAAGCUGCAGUCCUUGUUUGAUUCACCAGACUUUACCAAGAUCACAGGCAAACCUAUCAAGCUUACUCAAGUGGAGCACCGGGCUGGCUUCGAGUGGAAUGAGGAUGGGGCAGGACCAACCCCCAGCCAAGGGCACCAGCCUGCCCGUCUCACCUUCCUCCUGGACUAUCACCUCAACCGACCUUUCAUCUUUGUACUGAGGGACACGGACACAGGGGCUCUUCUCUUCAUAGCCAAGAUUCUGGAUCCCAGGGAUGCUUAAUGCUCCAGUUUUAUGUUCCAAUACCCUAGAAGAAAACUCCAGUGGGAUGGCAGAUUAUAUAUUACAUGAAGGCUGCCCCUAUGUUUCAAUGUAUGCAAUAAAAGAGCUUUGUCCUUAA